ACCAUGAUGUAUGAUGAACUUCACGACCUUGUGUUGAAGGCUGUUAGUGACAUGCUACAGCUUUCUGUUGACGAUGAUUCUGACGGUCGUUCUUUGAAGACGUGGAAGAUACUGAUAUACGAUGAGGAGACUCGUGCGUUACUUUCGCCAAUAUUAAAGGUUGGCACUUUACGUAGCCUCGGUGUUACUUUAAAUCUACUUAUCAGUGAUCGUCGUGAAUCAAUCCCAGGUGUUGAUGCAGUGUACUUGUUGAGUCCAACAGUGUCUAACCUGGAUGCCAUAGUAUCUGACGCUGUGAGUCGCAAAUACAAGCAGAUGCACAUUAAUUUCACUACUUACAGUAGUGACGAUUACCUUGGCGAGCUUGCUCGGAGAUUGGUGGAAGCCAAUGCUCACAUGUCCAUUUCGUCCAUAACGGAUCGUUACCUUCACUUUACUAUGGUUGCAACAUCCUCGUUUUCAUUGAACCUGCCUGGAUGUUUUUCUUCAUUUUAUUGUGGCGGAGCUGUGAAUGCGGAGGAAGGUGACGCUUUAGUUAAUAGAGUGGUAGACCGCCUAUUAUCCGUUAUUGUUACAAUGGGUGUUCUUCCUGUGAUUGUAGUUCCGCGUACUCCAUCACCGGCAUUAACUGUGGCUGAGAAGUUGAACGCCAAAUUGUUUGAGAUCCUUAAUGCUCGCCAUCAGCUGGGUGUAUCACUAUCAAGUUCAUUUAACAGACCUCUCCUACUGAUUCUUGACCGUACAUUUGAUCUUAGUCCGAUGCUACAGCACAGUUGGAACUAUCAACCGUUGGUUCAUGAUGUUUUCGGGAUUAGCUUCGACAAGGUGGUGCUCGACUCUGUUGGCGACAAGGGCAAAAGAGUUACAUACGACCUUGAAUACGGCGAUAAGUUAUAUCAGUCUAUAAUAUCGCUGCCACUAUCUGACGUGGCGCAGCACAUCGCAACAAGUUUGGAGUCUUACAACUCUCAGGUUUCUAGUAUAAACCGGGAUGACGUCGACACUGCUGGCAGUUUAGUCACUGCUAUGAAUGCAAUACCUCAUUUGAGUGAGCAUAAGCGUUUAUUGGACAUGCAUACAAACCUGGCAACAUCGUUGGUCGACAGUGUGAAGUCUCGGGAACUAGAUCGAUUCUAUGAGUUUGAUUAUGAUGUUGACAUUUUAAGUGAGAAAAACUGUUUCCAGCAGUUUGAGGACCUGCUAUCCAAUGACAAAUGCUCGGCUAUGGACCUCUACAGAUCUCUGUUACUUAUAGCUUUACAUCGACCGACUAUACCAGACAGCCGUUUGGAUGAGCUGGAAAACCGUGUUAAGCUACGGGGCAGCAUCCAGCAGGAGAGCUUAAAGGGUCUUCGUAAUGUAAUGAAGAUGAAAGCUUUUAGUGAGGGCAUUUUACAGCAGAUUGGCAAGGCUAAGGCAGCUGACCUCUCUAGUGUAAAGCAGAUAAAUGAGCGCGGUACUGAGGCACCUAAGAAAGAGUACGCACAAAGCCACAAGCGCCUGGCUGAGUACAGCAGCAAGCUGAUAGACACUGGUGUCAAUUUAUUCAAGGGUGUCCGGAGGCUAUUGCCACGUAAGAAGCAGCCUUGUAUUGUAGGUAUCUUGGAGAACCUUUUGGGCAACUCCGACAAGGUGGCUGGGGAAUUCAGCUACUUUGACCCUAAGACUUCGGAUACUGCAUUACCCACUGGUACCAAAAGGUCUACAGCUCGUAGGUGUAUAGUAUUUGUUGUUGGGGGUGGUUCUUAUAACGAAAGCCUUGCUAUACAGGAUUACUCCCAGCGUUCAAAGUACAGCCUCUUGUAUGGCUCAACAGCUUUUGACCGUGCUGAUGACUUUGUCCAUCAGUUGGGUACAUUUACUUUUACCAUAUAAUUAAAAUGCUAUAUUAGGUUGGUGGUAUUCAGUACCAUC